AUGGCUCCCCGCAGUUUUACCCAGGUUGCCAGGCUACUUGCCCUCGCAGCUACUCAACUUUCUUUUGCCCAUUCCCUUGUUAAUAAUAACACUCAUUCACUUGCUCAAAACAAUACACACCAUAAUGAAACCCAUGCGCAGAAUAGCGUGUCUAAGACGAGCGCCAGCCGCUUGGGACUCCAUGGGCUGGAUGCGGCUGCCGCGGACAAACCUGGUCAGGAUGACCACACGUGUGGCCCCGAUCGCCCUUGCAAGAACAAGGCCUGCUGUGGCAAGUCUGGCUGGUGUGGCUACAGUCCAGAUUUCUGCGGCACGGGCUGUCAGUCCAACUGUGAUGCCAAGGCAGAGUGUGGACAGUAUGCCUCGCCUCAGGGCAAAACCUGCCCCCUCAACGUCUGUUGCUCCGAGUUUGGCUUUUGCGGUACCACCACCGAGUUUUGCGCUCCUGGUUGUCAAUCCUACUGCAACCAGCCCAAGCCCCCGGGCGGCUCGGGUAACGAUGUGCGAACUCGCGUAAUCGGUUACUGGGAAAGUUGGAACUCACAGCAUCCGUGUGGACGGAUGGGCCUUGACGAGAUCCCCGUCGAAUUACUGACUCAUCUCAACGUUGCCUUCGGAUACAUCAGUGAAGAUUUUCGAAUCACCAACAUGGACGGUAUUAGUGACGAUCUAUAUCGUAACAUGGGCAAUGUCAAGGCUCGCAAUCCCGCACUGAAAAUCUCGAUUGCAUUAGGCGGAUGGACCUUUAAUGAUCCUGGUCCCUGGCAAAACCGAUUUUCGCAAGUUGUCGCGACCGAGAAUAGCCGAGCUACAUUCAUUAAAAACCUUUUGGGAUUCUUGUCCGAGUAUGGCUAUGACGGUGUCGAUUUCGACUGGGAGUACCCUGGGGCAGAUGAUCGCGGAGGAACUGAUGCUGAUCCUGUCAAGUACGUCGUGUUGUUGCAAGAGCUCAGGGCAGCCAUCAGUGCCAGCGGACACGAUUAUAUUGUCACUUUCACCGCUCCGUCAUCAUACUGGUAUCUACGCCACUUCCGUGUUAAGGAGAUGGAAGCCUACGUCGACUGGAUCAACCUGAUGAGCUACGAUAUCCAUGGUGUUUGGGACGGUAAUAAUCCAAUCGGAAACCAUAUCCUGGCCCAUACAAAUUUGACAGAAAUUGACUUGGCGCUUGACUUGUUUUGGCGCGUUGGGGUCGCACCGUCUAGCAUUGUUCUCGGUCUUGGUUUCUACGGUCGUUCCUUCACACUCUCAGACACAAGCUGUUGGAAGCCAGGGUGCCUGUUCAGUGGGCCUGGAGCAGCCGGAGAAUGCACUGCCACCGCGGGCAUUUUAUCUUACAGAGAAAUCCAGCAGGUUCUUCAGAAGAGCGGCGCGACUGCGUACCUAGACACUGACGCGGCUGCAAAAUACGUCGUGUACGAUAAAAACAGCUGGAUUUCCUUUGAUGAUGCCGAGACAUUUGAGCUCAAGAUCCAGUACGCUAAUAAAAUCGGGCUGGCCGGUCUGAUGAUAUGGGCUAUUGACUUGGAUGAUGGAGAUCUGAGCGCUUUGGAAGCUGUAACAAGCGUCAAAUCGGGUGUGAACCGAAAAUUUGAUCUGACUGCUCUUGGUAACCUAUUUCCGAAAGAGCUGCUGCCUCCACCAGAUGCGGAUGUCAACUACGGCCUCAUGACAUUUGGUCGCGAGGGUCAGGACGGAUACAGCAAUCCUCGCGGUCAUGCUUUCGGCUUCAUAUUGGUAGCUGGCGAGAAGCACGUUGUUUCAUCCUUGCAAAACCGCGACGGCUUUCCUGAGCCUAUUACUUUCUUGGACUGCCCAACAGACAUCGGUUCGGCGCCGGACAACUCUACUCAUACUGCCCGGGUUGUUUGUCUCAACGAAGACGUUAAAGGGUGCUUUCAACUACUCGAAGGAGGUAUAGAGGGGACGGUACUCCAAAUGCCAGACGAGUGCGGACGGGGCUCUUUGGGGAGGGCUAUUGCAAUGGAAGCGUCAAAGGACCAAUCCAUUCCCGCCUAUAUACUCGCCAGCAAGCAAGCAACGUCUGAAGUCUUUGAUCUGCUUUUCGAUUUUGACGUGAUGCUCAUGCGACGCGAUUCGGAAAAGACCAGCAUACGGAUCGACGUGACCAAUGCAGCAGAUUACUGGGACAGCAUAGACGACUCACCUGGUAUCCAAUCCCGAGACCUGCAUGAACGAUUUUUUGCACCAGAAUCCCUGCAGUGGAAGCAGAGAUUUGACAGCGCCAACGUUUCCUACAAGUCUGAUGCCGCUAUCAAGGUGAAAAAGGAUAUUGAUAUAUCGUAUCUCUGGCAUAGUGCUAAAGAAUGCACUGUGGCCUCUGGAAAUGGAUUUAUUGAAGGACUUGCCGCCUACGUCUCCGGAGCGCUAGAUAUCUCAUUGACGUAUGGCUUCUCUGCCAUUAUUAACGGCUACGGACUUGACACAGUUCAACAAGCAGCUGGUUUCAUAGGACCAGUGGGCACGGCCGAUCUUUCAUACGGUAUCAGUGGUGUUGCCGAUAUCGACAUUGCCCAGUCUGGCAUGGGGAACCCAGCAACCAAAGUGGCGAAGAAAAAUUAUCUCGACACCCACAAGGCUUCCGCUCGCGCGUGGCCGUUUCUGUCUUACAUAAACUUCAACCCGUAUUAUCGCUUGGCUUACACCAUGGCAACUUAUAACUCCACAGAUCGAGAGUAUCCCAGCCCGACAACCUUUGAUGGUUCUGUGCGCUCCCGAAUGGUUACCAACUAUGGCGAUGUUACCACAUAUUUUCCUCCACUCAAUGAUACCGUUGAAGUGUCUCCCAAAAAUCUCAGCGAAAUCUCCGUCUCCGACAAGAACAUCCUUUAUAGUUCUCCCGAACAUGGCGGAGUAGUCGUCCUGCAAACAAUCCUCGAAUUUGGAAUGAGCGCGGGCCAUACUGCUUCGGCAUCGUAUCGAUACUAUCCUGGAGAUCUUGCGCAUUACAACAAAUCGUGUAUCGAUUAUAGCUGGAGCGAUAACUUUUGGCAGACAACUGAUGACUCUGAGAAACUCGGAUGGAGCAGCUCCUCAGUGUUCGAAUUGUACCACCAUGAGAAAACUCCGGAAGAUGCCGAAGUUUGCUAUGCUGAGCCUGAUGGCGGUAAGGAGGGUUAUAUGCCAGGCUGGGGCUAUGGUUCCGGUUCAAACAUUGAUCCCACAACAUUUGUCGGCGCGGACAACCAGGGUUCGGUACCCCUACCAGACGUGUUUCUUGACAGUCAGAUAAACUGCGACAAAUAUCCCGCUUUCCCCGCAACGUGUACGUAUCCGUGGGACCAUAUCGAAAACAACAAAUGGGACAGCAUUGCGAGGUACUGGGGCAAUUCGUCGAUGUCCUGCGACAAUUGGUCAACGACGGCUUUGCAAGACGCAGAUGAGCGCGAUAUUGGAGGCAAAAUGUGUCGCGCCAAAUACAACAGGGCUCCAUGGCAAAUCAAUAACAGCAGCGGCGAGAGAGUACCUGCGAGUUUCACGCAGUUACUUCACUCUGAGCUUGGGAACGAAUCCCACUUGGACAGAUUGACAGUUUUCCUGGCCAGACCGAACAGAAUGAAAGGAGCAAUGUUUUCCGGAAGCAGAGCAGUGGCCAAGGAUAAGUACAUCGGAAUGGAUGUCCAGGAGCAGCUGCUGGCUAUAAAGGACAUGGGCAUGGUUUUUACGUACAUGAAUGACCCCAAGGUUUGGGACGCUUUCUGCAAAACCUACGAAGCCAUGUACAAGCAUAUGGAGAACUACAACGACUGGUGGGUGAAUACUCAGGAGAGCACCCACGGCAAGAUCCCAAAACUCCAAGACAUGUUCAAGGAGUAUAUGCGGGUGACACUCCGGUCCUUCUCCAACCGUGCACAGGAUGAAUUUGCCUGGGCCUACAGCCAGAGAGCGGCUGACGCCGGUAAGAAGCCUUUCAGCGCCUACUGGGCUACCAACAACUCGAUAAACAAAAAGUUGUUGAAGUUGCUGCCUCCGGACCAAGCGUCUAGAUAA